AUGCGACAUGCGACAGCACCUUUAUCGUCGUCCACUGCUCAUGUGCUGCACGACAUCAAUGAGGCUUUCGUAUCUCAUCACCUCGACUCCGCUAUGCAGUUAGCCGUCGCUCUAUACUCAAAGGACGACGCCAUUGCUGAACGUACAGCUGGAAGCAUUACUGACAUGGACCGCCAGGCAUUUCUGACUUUGGCCGUGGAACUCCGACGACUGAUCGAAAUUGCAGUGCGUCAACAUCUGACGUUCCUCUUGCCUUCAUUAGCUAGUAAUGAGGUAGCCACGUCACUAAAGACGGAGCAGAUGAGACAGCACACACUUCUGCAGUAUCUCCCUGCCGCCUGCCAAUUGCGAUUCCAACAACUUCUCGAGUUGCAUUGGAACGCACUGACGCAGACUGGAAAAAGUGCCACCUUUUCACUCCCGAGAGUUCAACAGUUGCAUUGGAAAGUAAAGAAUGACGAUAAAAAGGGCAUCUUGUUGCGGCUACAGACGUCGGACGGUGAGACACGGACGAUUUAUGUGCCAGUGCAACAGUUUCAUCAAUUGCGGCACAGUGCAGCGACGGUACUGCAGGAGAUGAAUGAAGUCGAGGCGCAUCCGAUGAUGCGACUCGCUUACAUGGAACAGACCAGUAGUCCAGUUUCAUAA